GAGAAGUCGACGGCUUGUGUCGUAUAAUAAGGUUGAAUGGUGUAUAUUUUAUCAGUCAUCGCGUUCAUAGUUUGGAUUUAUUUCUAUUAUUGUUUUUACUUAUGGUAUCUAUUAUGUGAUAGGCUUUUAUAGUGUGUUUGAGUUGUAUUUCGAACAGGAGGUUGGAGUAUAGGUGGAGUAUUUAUAAUGCAGUGACAGUGAUGGUGCCAUGAAUCAGGAAACAAAUGGAUCAAAGUCAAAUCGAAGCUACAGUUUGCCUUUUAACUGGAGUGUAUGUGAGUUCUUGAGUUCCGGUCGGCGGCUGUGCAGCGGUGGGAACGCGGCGGCGGCGGCGGCGGCGCCGUGACCCUGACACCGGGCGCCAAAGGUCAGGCCCGAGUGCGCCCGCGGACCUGGGAAGUCAUGCUCCCGGACGUCGAGGUAUAAAAUGAAAAGGAUGCGCCGUGCGACGUCAGUCUUGCGAUCACCAUGCUCAGGAUAGUGCUGUUGUCGUGCCUGGUGGCUGGUGGCCUGAGUGCCAAGCUGCCCCAGGGCCCCGAGCACCGGUCUCUCGGCGAUCAUAGCGGCAGCGCUACCACCUUCACCAGCACCAGCUCGUCCGCCGGCGGCUCCCUCGGCAACGGCGGCUUCGGCAGCGCCAGCUUCAGCAACAACGCCGGCACCUUGAGGGCUAGCGCCGGCUUCAACGGCAACUCCGGCAGUGCCGGCUUCAGCAGCAACGGCGGAGCUGGACUCAACAACAACGGCGGAGCUGGGUUCAACAACAACGGCGGAGCUGGGUUCAACAACAAUGGCGGAGCUGGCUUCAACGGCAACGGCGCUGCUAGCUAUAGCUCUAACAAUGGUGCCACCUUCAACGGCAACAACGGCUUUGACGGAAACAAUGGCGGCUUUAACGGAAACAACGGCGGCUUCAACGGUGCCUUUAACGGCAAUAACGGCGGCUUUAACGGCAACAACGGCGUCGGCGGCCAGUUCGAUGAUGGCCGGUACCGCCCCGACGAGGUGAACGGAGAGUUCGACGACGGCACCUGGAAGCCGGAACUGUACGCCGGCGACGACGGCCUCUACCGCGACGGCCAGUACACACCCAACACGGACGCCUCCUACCAGUUCCAGUUUGACGCCGGCGACCACGGCCGAGACGAGGCGGCCGACCGCGACGGCGAGGUGCAGGGCUCCUUCUACGCCGUGCACCCGGACGGUCUGCGCCGUGACGUCGAGUUCAGCGCCGGCCGCGACGGUUUCGUGGUGACGCGCGACGAGUCCGUGCAGGGCCCGGUGCCCGAGUACGCACUGCGCCAGGCCGAGAGGCCGCGCAAGGAGUACCCGCCGGCAGAGAUCAUCACCUCGCUCUCACCGGACGGCAUCUACCACUGGGAGUACGACGCCGGUGACUCGGCGCGCUCUGAGGACAUCAACCUCAACACCAACUACUACGAGGGAGACUUCAGCUUCGUGGCCGACGACGACCAGAACCGGUACGAGGUGCGCUACAAGGCUGGCGCCGGCAUCGGCUUUGUGCCCGAGGGCGACCACCUGCCGAUGCAGGUCCAGGAGACCCCAGAGGUGGCCGAGGCCAAGGCAGCCUUCCUCGAGAAGUUCGCCGAGGCUCAGGCUGAGGCGCUCCAGAGACCGAACGCCUACCGGGGGAACGGGGUCCAGUCCAACAAUGGAAACGGCUUCCAGAGUCCUCGGCCUAACAACGGAAACGGUUUCCAGAGGGAUCAGACAAAUAACGGAAACGGAUUCCGGAGGGCUCAGAACAACAACGGAAACGGCUUCCAGAGGGAUCAGACAAAUAACGGAAACGGAUUCCAGAGAGCUCAGAACAACGGAAACGGAUUCCAGAGGGCUCAGAAUAACAACAGAAAUGGAUUCCAGAGGGCUCAGACAAAGAACGGUAACGGAUUCCAGAAGGCCGUUGCCGGUUUCCAGCGGGACCAGGCCCCGGCCGGUAACGGUUUCCAGAAUCCGCAGCCGAUCGGCGCCAGCUCCCAGACGCGCUACUCGUCAGUGGCGGCUCCGCAGAACGACGCGGCCGUCCACCCCAGUCAGAUGGUCUCCGGCCUGGCGCUGGGCGGUCACAUGAAGCAGGCGGCACCCUCGCAGAUCAACGACACCUACCUGCCGCCCAACAAUUGAGCGCCGCGGUCGUGCCGCUCCCGCCGAGGUCAGAGCCAGAGGGCCGGAAGCGUACACUCGAAUGUCAGUUCUCCGAAAGCUCUUUUGGGGCGCCUACUUUUGUUCUGAAAACUAAUUGGACCUCUUUAAGAACAUACAAUAGCUUCCUUUGGAGUUUAAUGACAAUAUUUAACAAGCGAUGUGCGUACAGAAAUGGGUUAGACGUUGCAAAGCAGUCAUGAUACCAAUGCGUAUUGUCUGCCUGCUUUCGAGCUGGAACAGAUAUAAUCGUUGCAAGGGCUGUGAAGGAGAAUUGCCUCCCCGGCCACAGACUUGGCGGAUACGUUAUCACCUCCAUGAAAUUCAGGUUUGGCCAGAUGACUCACCAUCACUGAAGUCUGCUGCCAUGUGAAGGGGCAUUGCGAGUGGUGCUCGCUCGACAAUGCGCUAUUUUGUGUGGUGUUCCAAGAUGUUCGAUUUGUGUUUUUGGUAUGACAUAUGGUAAAUAAAUAUGUAAUUAAUGCGUU